GCGAGCCAACGCGGCCUGGGCUUCCUCAUUUGCAGGCGCACGCGAGAUGGCCUGUCUCUUGGGUGGUCUUGGCCUGUCGGCGCCGCCGCGUAUAAAGCGAGGAGCGUCCUGAGACCAGUAAUGUUUGUUUGACGAGGCUAGCCUGCCCUUCCAGCCUCCAUCCCAUCAUAUCCUCUGUCCUUUAGGCCCCGUGCUUCAACUCCCUUGGACAAGAUGGUGAAUCAGCGUCUUCUCACGGCCCUGGCCUGGAGUCCCCUGCUGAUCAAGGCCGCUCCGCUCAACGGGGCAGAGUUUACCUCCGUCAUCACCAGGGACGUCGCCAUCUUGGGUGGUGGUGCUUCGGGCUCACAUGCCGCCGUGAGGUUGCGGGAGGAUUUCGGACACUCUGUUGUCGUCGUCGAGGCCAAAGACCACCUGGGAGGCCAUGUGGCGACGUACAACGACCCGGUCACGAAGAGCCCGUACGACUUUGGCGUGAACUCGUACGUCGACACGGGCGGCGCGCGCGCCUUCUUCGGGCGCAUGGGCGUCAACACGUCGAGCCCGACGCGCGCGCUGCGCACCAACGUCUACGCCGACUUCCGCACGGGCGAGGCGGUGCCGAACUGGGUCAGCCCCAACAACUCGGCCGCCCUGGAGACGUACCUCCAGCUGUGCCUCAAAUACCAGGACCUGAUGCUGCCCAGCUACGACAAGUUCCCGGCCGGCAAACAGAUUCCCGAGGAGCUGCUCAUGCCGUUCGGCGAGUUCGUGGCCAAGCACGGCAUCCAGGCCGCCCUGCCCAUAAUCUUCACCAUCGCCGGCAUGGGCACGGGCGGCAACAUGCUAAAGCUGCCGACCCUGUACAUGAUGCAGGCCUUUGGCGUGCCCAUGAUCAUGUCCCUGCGCCCCACCACGGGCAUGGGCUUCGUGCCGGCGUCGCGCAACAACAGCGAGCUGUACGGCAACAUCGGCCGCCUGCUGGGCAACGACGUGCUCUACUCGAGCCGCGUCGAGUGGGCCGAGCGCCGCAACGGCAAGCCGGGGUGCCCGGGCGGCGUCAAGCUCGUGGUGCGCCGCGCCGACGGCUCCAAGGUGCUCGUCAAGGCCAAGCGCCUGCUCGUCGCGUUCGAGCCGACGCUAGAGGCCCUCAACGGCCUCGGGACCGACAGGAACGAGCGCGACGUUUUCCGCCACUGGAAGUCGUCGCGCGGCUACGUCGGCAUCGUCACGCACCCGGCCCUGCCGGCCGCCGUGUCCAUCAUCAAUACGCCCGCCGAGCAGGCGCCCGACAACUACCUCGUUGACUACAAGGGCCCCUUCGUUGUGCGCUACGAGCACUACGGCGCCCCCAGCAACCUGUACCGCGUCCUCAUGUUCGGCGAGGACGGCUUUACGGCCGAGCAGGCAAAGGCCCUGACCCAGACCUCGUUCGACAAGCUCGUCGCCAAGGGCGUCGUGCCCGCCAACGCGACCGGCGAGCCCGUCAAGUUCGUCGCCUUUUCGGACCACCGGCAGAUGCACCUGCACUUCUCGCCCGAGGAGCUCAAGGCCGGCUUCAUCCAGAAGCAGUACGCGCUCCAGGGCUACCGCUCGACCUUUUACACGGGCGCCGCGUGGACGGCGCAGUUCACAAACGCCGUGUGGACCUUCAACGAUGAGAUCUUGCCCAAGGUGGUUAAGGGACUGAAGAAGUAGAGGUGGAUGUAUAUGUAUAUAUGAAGACGUGUAUAUGAGAAGAUGUGUAGAUAAUAUUCCUGAAUAUCCAAAAUUCGUCUAUGACAAAA